UUGGCUUUAAACAACCUCUAAGGUCACGCCGGCCAUUUCUGGCUUACUAGACUUAUGUUUACCCGUAUGUAGCCGGAAAGUCAGUCUUUCCUCCAGGGGACGGCCCGGAUGGGAUUUGAACCCGGGCCGUCCCUUAAGAUGUAUUGUUUUAAAUUUGUAAGAGGAAGAUAAUUUUCUGCUAAAUUACAUGGCAUGGUCUCAGUUUUUGUUCAGUUCGGAAUGGAACUUUAUUAGCGAGUUGCUGGUUAUAUUUUUUAUUUUAAAUAUCUUCUUCAUUCGUGGCACUACAACAUGAUCAGUCCCAUGGCAAAUAUGCCAAACAAAUCUAGAAAAAAACAUUUAUAUUGAAUCCUACUUGUAUAUCCUUGGUAGUUCUAGAAUCUUCGGACUAUUUAACAACCUUUGCUUUAAGUUUAAAACAGAAAGUAACAGUAAAGUGCAAAUUUUACUACAUGGAACCGUUAGAUAAAAAUAUAACAGUAAAAAUUACCAUUCCUAUUCUAUGGCUAGGGAUUUCCGUUGGUGGAAUUGGUGAAAAAAACAAAACAAUUCGAACGUUAGCCCCAGGUGGCACUCAAAGAUGUUAAUUAUCAUCCAGAAAUUAGGGAGGCAGAUUGAAAUGGCAGCGAAGAGAAAGAUUGUCAUAUCUAGCACGAUUUCUCCCUUGGUCUAUGUGGUUCAAUAGCGCACGUUAGUGACGUCAGUGGGAUUUACAAAAACGCAAACUAGUGAUUUUGCCAUUGAUGUGGGCCUUUCAUAUAAAAGUCGACUGUCUAGCUUGAGCUUUUAUCAGUCAUAGAACCUUUCUGCCGAGAGAAACAUCUGGAAAAGCAUUCCCAAAAACGGUAACAGAGCAUCAUCAAUAUGUUCAAGGUAAUAACAUAAGAUUAAAUUUCGUUCAAAAAGUUCUUGGAGUGAUAACGGCAUCUUUCCUCUCCCUUAAGGUACUGUGCUUACUUGCUGUUGUGGCAGUGGUAUCGGCAGGACUUAGUCAGCCAAGAGCAUCGGUCCAUCAGCCCAGAAUUGUGAAGCGAGAAGCGAUCGCGCCAGCAGAGCCAAAGGAAGCCGUGGAAGCCGUUGAGAGCCAGGACGAUAUGGAGAAGGCAGAAACGUUCGGGUUCGGUUAUCACAAGGUGAUCCACGCAUAUCCAAGCUAUUAUAAUGGAUACCAUCCCGGAUACUAUGGAUACGGAUACCCUAACUACUAUCAACCAAGUUUUUAUCAUGGAUAUUAUUAUUAAAAACUAAAUUAAUAAAAAAAACAUCUAAAAUCCUACAUAAUUGUGUGAUGCUUUAUUUCAGCAAAUUUGAGAAGAUUGAUUGAGUUAGUAUAAGAAAAAGAGAAAAAUUUCUCAAUAUUUUAAUUUUAUACGAAAAUGGAGAAUAUUUAUUGGAGCAAAAAUAAAAGCUUCUUCAAUCGUUCUCAUGCUCAGCUUUAUACGAUUAGAACGGAGUUGCACGAGUGAGUAUUUUUAAACCUAAACCAGUUUUUCAGCAGACAGUUAAUCUCAACAACUCCCAUAAAGUUGAUCACUUAGCACGGCUAAUAGUCUCUGGUUUUAUUUUUUUUUGUUUGUUUUUUGUUUUUUCAUUUGUGUGUUUGAUUAUGUUUGGUGCUUUUUGAUUAUUGAAAGCUCACGCUUUGGGAUGGUGUAAUUUUUCAUUCAAUCAAUUUUAUUACUAGCUCGCGGGGGGUUUAUUCUUAAAUACCAUUUGGUUUUGUGCUAUUCUAUCACCUAGGUGAUAGACACUCCGUAAUACUGUUGUGCUGCUUUGCAGGACAGAUAUUUCUAUAUUUUUCUAUUUGUUUAAUAUAAGUUAUCUCUCCGAGUAAACUGUUUUUUUUUUUCAUUCUGGUUAUUUGUUCUUCGAUUAAAUCCGUAAGAUCGAACUACCUUCUAUUGUGAACUACCACCAGUCGAGGUUUUUUUUUAUCUUGAAGAAACUUCUAGCAAAGUUUUAUGGGGUUUUUAAUUAUUAUUUUCAAACUUACUUACUUACUUAUUCAAAAUAAUAAAAUUUGAAAAUGUUUAUAAAGAACGAAAAGUGCGUUUUUCUAACACAAUUUUUCGAGCCUCACACGUUCCACGUUUACAUAAAAUAAAUACUUUAACACCACGGAAAUAUUCACACAAUAACUGGACACAUUUUUCUGACCGUUUGUUUGAAUUAAAUCAUAUUUUUGUCAUUUUUCAAAUACACAAGUUCUCGCCACGUUUACCAAAAGGGGGUUGUUUUCGGUAUAAUUGUACCACACUAAAGCCAAUGAAUCACUGUCACGUAUGUAAUAGGUACCCUUUAAUUUAAGGCUACAGGUAUCAGCCACAUGAUACGGAUUCCACAUUUGCGAGGAUCAUACGAAGAUGCCUCAGGCAAUUAACGAUCCAUCAGAAGAGCUCAUAGUCGAUCUUCGGAUUCAAACGGAAAUACACAAACGCUGCUAGUUCCUGCGGCAAUGGUAAGCUACGUCAAGGGGUUUCAUUUAAGGAGAAGAAUUCAUUCGUAUGCUUCUCGUGACGUCAAGUAUCGUUUGUGACGUGCUGAGGAAUGUGCAAGAUCGGAGUAUAAAAGCUAACCGCUUGCCGACAAUUUUGCAUCAUUCAAUUGAAUAUUGUUUAACCACGUGGAGAAGCUGCAAAAUUUGUGCACAUUCGAUUACCGUACAACAGCACCAACACCAUAAUGUUCAAGUUAUUUUGCGUGUUCGCUUUCCUUGCGAUCGUAGCUGCCUUUCCGGGUGAAAUUAAUGAUCCGGCAAACCAGGACGCAAUAGCCAAACACGAUGCACUACCCGCAACGAUCGUAACUGCAGAGAACAACGAACAGAAUGCACCAACUGUCGAGGGUCCGGUAGACACACAGGAUGAUAUGGACAAAGCGGAAACGUUUGGCUUCGGUUAUCGCAAAUACAUUCACGUCUAUCCGAGAUAUUAUCCACACUACUAUUACGGUAGUUACUACUAUCCACGCUAUUACUACGGACACUACGGACACUACUGGUGAGGAGAAGGGAAUCACCGAAAAACGAAUUACGAUCAUUUGUAAAAUAUUGCCCAUUAUUGUAUGUAAUCAUUUCGUGUUUGAGGUAAAAAGAAAACAUUGCAAAUAAUGUGUGGUAAAUAAAUGAAACAUUUUUUCCCAUACCAUAA